AUGCCCACAUCAAAAAGCCACGUUCUUGCGCUCCUCCUCCUUCUGGGCCUCUCGCCGCUCUGCGUUGCCGGCGGCGGCGGGGCUCCGCCGCAGGAGCUGUGGUGCGUGGCGAAGAACAACGCAGAGGACGCGUCGCUGCAGGGAGCGCUGGACUGGGCCUGCGGGGCGGGCGGAGCCAACUGCGACCCAAUCCAGCGCGGUGGAGCCUGCUACGACCCCAACAGCGUGCAGAAUACGGCGUCGUUUGCCUUCAACGACUAUUUUCUCAAACAUGGCAUGACCGAUGAUAGCUGCAACUUCAACAACAACGCUGCCGUGACCUCCCUGAACCCUAGUUAUGGCAACUGCAAGUUCCCCUCCGGCAUGACGGGGAGCAAUGGGAGCUUUUCUGGUUCAACACCUUCUUCUUCUGUUGGAUUGGGACCAAGUGAAGAUUUGAGUGGAUGCAGGAAAGUUUCGUGGGGGUGGUGGUUAUGGCCCUUGAUGUUUAUAGUUUAUGUUUUUGGAUGA